UAAACGGGACCACAAGAAACACACGUGUGGGAGGUUGACAUUGGAGCCCCGCUAUACCGACCAUCUAACAGCGUUUCUUUGAGAGGCAAACAUCACCAGUGGCUGUAAAUACAUAGAACUAUACAUUUUGCUACCAUUUUUUAUUCAUAUCUAUUCAAGAUUCCAUUUUUUAUUUUUUAUUAUUGAAUGGACAUGCAUCUCCUCACUGUCGCGCGUAAAAUAUGCAUACAAAUAGGCUAAUCUCCAUGUGCGUAAUAAUUCCAUCCCACCAGUGCAUACGGAUGUAUUGCAAUUCCACGAAAGCAACCGGGAUAUACAUUAUCUCUACUAAGCAACAUCAAAGAAGACCUUGAAUUCUGCAGAGGAGGGAUGAUUGACACGAGGGGGAAUUGACCGACUGGUGGAAUAACGGUGGUCGCUUGAUCACAGUGCGAUCUCUAUCCCUGGGACUUGUAAUUCUGGAUGGCCCCCUGAACGUCUUUAAAUCGUCCCGGAACGUUUUAUUGUGAAUACUGUCAAUGAGUAAAUGUGAAUCCUACCUGGAACAUUGGACCGAACCUUCACUUGUUUCUGGAUCUCCAUCGUCGGGCUAUCAUUUUAUAAGCUGUAACAGAAGGGAGAUCAAAUCCAAGCUGAAAUUGCCGCUGGGAAGGACUGUUAUUUCCCAGAGAACUCAUGUGGAAUUGGAAUAGUGGAAUUCAUGAAGAAAUAUUUGACUUAUUUCAAUAUGAGGCUUAGAACAUCGAGAUUAGGCUACCUGUUACUUCAGUUCUUAGCGCUGUGUUUUUACACACAGAACACAGUGCAGUCCCACUCCCCACCUCCUAAUUUCAAGCACCAUGUGAACGAGCAGUGCCGGUUGUCUGACCGGAUGAGCCGCCGGUUGAUUCGGACCUACCAGCUCUACAGCCGGACCAGCGGUAAACAUGUCCAGGUUCUGGGCAAUAAGAAAGUGAAUGCCAUGGGCGACGACGGAGCUGUGCACGCCAAACUUGUGGUGGAGACGGACACGUUUGGUAGUCGUAUUCGGAUCAAAGGGGCAAAGACGGGCUACUACAUCUGCAUGAACAAGACGGGGAAAUUGAUUGGCAAGCGGAAGGGUCGUGGUAAAGACUGCAUCUUCACAGAGAUCGUUCUGGAGAACAACUACACUGCUCUCCAGAACGCUAAAUAUGAGGGCUGGUACAUGGCCUUCACGCGUAAAGGAAGGCCCCGCAAGGCCUCCAGGACCAAGCAACACCAGAGGGAGGCCCACUUCAUGAAACGCCAGCCCAAGGGCCACCUCCUGGGUGACACCCAGCCCUUUGAUGUCCUCCCCCUCCCCGUGGUCCCCUUCCACCCCCGGAGGACUAAACAUACCCAUCACCACAGCUCAGGGGCCCACUGAGGAAAGAACAGACGAAGAAGAAGAGGAAGCACAGGGAGGGAGGGGAACACACCAAACAAAAAUACCACUACCACAUUUCUGCUCCUUGCAAGGACUCCUUUUUGUUGUGUUUUGUACUGGAUUGUGUCUAAAACAAUGAGUAGACGAUUCUAAUCUGCUACGUCAGACCAAGGUUUAUUUGCAGGAAAGAGUUUUUAUAACCAGAGGAUGAUUUUAGUGCUCAAGCACUCGAUGAGAUUUGAAUGAAUGAAAGGACAUCUUGGGCUUAGUGAUAACCCUACUCAGCUAUAAAGAGAGGAUGUUAUGAGAGAGAAAUAAUGAAUACACAUUACAUGGCAGCUAUCUUUGGAUCAUCAUGUGGUUGCAUCAACUAAUUAACAGUGAAUACACGUAAAACACUUUAUUUUGCAUUUAGGAGGCCAUUUGCAUUCCUUUUCAUUAGUCUGUUUUCUACAUAUAUGAAUAUAUUUUUAAUUGGAAGAUUUGUAAAAAUACUUUUAAAUGAUGGAAAUAUUUAUUGUAGAGUGUAUAUUAAAAUCACAAAAUAAUUUUG